AGUUACUUGAUUAACCUCUCCCUUCCCUACUCUUCAUCUGUCAACACACAGUCAACACUGCACAUACACUUGCUAAAAAAAAUUAAAAUCCAAAGCAACACAUCAUUCGGUGUCUAAUGUAGAAGAGGACUGGAAUGAAUGACUGGAAUGAACUGAAGAUGCUCAGGUCUUCUGCCUGGUUGUUGCCUUUUGUCUGCUUUUUUGGUAUAGGUAAUGGUCAGAGUGAUAUAGGCUACUUUUGGCACGUGACUGACAUUCACUAUGACCACACCUACAACGACGAGAAACUGUCUUGCAAUGACAACAUCCCUGGUCAGCUUCCUGCGUAUGGCGACUCGUGGUGUGAUGCCACCUGGAAGCUGGUAGUGGACAGCAUCAACGCCAUGGCCACCAUCGAACCAAAUGUGGACUUCCUCAUCUGGACUGGUGACAACGUAGCGCACAUCUCUGACGACUAUAUGAGCUUGGAAAUCACUCUGCAGGUGCUCCAGAACUUAACAAAUGCACUGAGUCAAAGGCUGGGCAAGGUGCCAGUCUACGCCUCUCUAGGAAAUCAUGACUUUUAUCCUGACUCACAAGCCAGCCCCGUUGUGGGGCACCCGUUCUACUCAAACAUAGCAGACAUGUGGCAGGAUUGGGUGAUAAAUCAGUCAAAUGCCAUCGAUGACAGUAGACAAGGUGGCUACUACGCUGUCAAAGUGAGCCCAAACGUUCGUCUGCUAGCACUCAACACAAAUCUGUAUUACAAAAGAGAUAAACUCACUCCCAAUGUGCCAGAUCCUGUGGGUCAGUUUGCAUGGAUGCAGAAACAACUUCAGGAAGCCAAAAGUACUGGAGAAAAAGUCAUCGUCACUGGUCACGUGCCUCCUGGGCUGCCAAUGCCGCUGUAUUCUGACUGGUACUGGCCAGUGUUUAAGACCAAGUUUAUGGACAUCCUAUUCAACUACACAGACAUAAUAGUGGCUUUACACUUUGGACAUGAUCAUUAUGACAGCUUCAAGAUUUUACAAAGUGUUGAUGGCACCAAAGCUGUACCACAGUUUAACGCCCCGGCAGUGACGCCAUGGCGGCACAAGGUGAAAGAAGAUGGCGUGGAGAAGGUUGGAGAACCUCACAACCCUGGUCUGAGGCUCAUCAAGUACAACCGCAGCACUGGAGCACAACUGGACUAUGCACAGUACUUCAUCAACAUCACCAAGGCCAAUGCUGGGGCAGAGGGGGCCGUGUGGACACUACUUUAUAAUUUUACCUCGGCCUAUGGAGUCUCAGACAUGAGCGUCAAUUCUUUGAGAAGUAUCUUCAAAAAGCUGGAGGACAACACGAGUCCACUCUACCAGAAGUUCUGCAACAACUGGGCGGUCAGUGACUUGGACAGGAGGUGCACCGACGACAUGAGGGCUAACAUAUGGUGUGGCGGUCAGAACUACAUGCUAGCCAAAGCUGAGCAGUGCAGCAAAGACAGACAAAGAAAAGACAAUGCUGCCCACCGCCUGUCUGGGAGUGCCUCCAUUGUAUUUCUCUUAUUACUGUUAGUUUCUAAUUACUUUAUGUAGUCAAUUAAAGGCACAUUCCUCCUUCCAUAUGCUAGGACUAAUUUCUACAAGUGCUCCUUCUUCCCUAAUGCUAUUAGAGCAUGGAAUGAGUUGCCUGAGCCAGCCAGGAAAACCAGGGACUUUGUAGAAUUUAAGCCAUUGUGUAACAUGCAUGACUAGAUGCAUGACGCGUAAGACGUAAUCAUCUUCUUUUUUGAAGUAACGUCUGUAUUUUAUAAGAUAAGAUAAUGUGUUACCAACAUGUAAGAAACAUGGUAUGGAGUCUCAGACAUGAGCGUCAAUUCUUUGAGAAGUAUCUUCAAAAAGACACUUUUAACAUAAUAUUUUAUUCAGCAUUUUUCAUUGUAAUGUUUACAUAUAAGAUGUGAAUGCAUUUGGCUUGUUAGAUUGAUUCGAUAUUAUGCGUGUAUGUAUGUUUAUGGAAUGGAGAGACACAUUAUGUUUAUUACUAUGUAUUAACUAAUUUAAAAACUAUUUGUAAAAAAUAUCACUUUAGUAAACUAAAAUCAUGAAACGUCA